AUGGAAGAGUUAGUAACAACUAUUGGUAUUGGAACAUUUAGUAGAGUUGUUUUAACACGUCAAUAUGUCGAAAAUUGUGAGAAAUAUUAUGCAUUAAAAAUGAUGGCUAUUCGAGAUAUAAUACAACUUAAACAAGUUAAUCAUGUUAAUAAUGAACGAAGUAUUCUCGCGACUAUUCAACAUCCUUCUAUUGUUCGUUUCUAUGGAUCUUAUCGUGAUAGUCGUUAUUUAUAUUUUUCAAUGGAAUUUUUACCAGGUGGUGAACUCUUUUCUUAUUUUCGUCAAGCUGGUCGUUUUAAAGGUUCUGCUAUCAGAUUUUACGCCUGUGAAAUUAUACUUGCCUUAGAAUAUUUACAUAACCUUUCCAUUGUUUAUAGAGAUCUUAAAUUAGAAAAUCUUGUACUCGAUGCUACUGGACAUGUUAAAUUAACUGAUUUUGGUUUUUCAAAAUACGUACCAGAAAGAACAUAUACAUUAUGUGGUACUCCAGAAUAUCUUGCACCUGAAAUGAUUCUUUCAACGAGUGGCCAUUCACUUGGUGUUGAUUGGUAUGCAUUAGGUAUUUUAAUUUACGAAUUACAUGUAGGGCGAACUCCAUUUGCUGGAACUGGUCAUCAAAAUCAUCCAUCACAUAUCUUUAUUAGAAUUUUACAUGCACCUAUUCCUUGGCCAAAUGUACCACCAUGUCAUUCGGAAAUUAUUGAUCGAAUGGGACGUAAUUUAAUUCGAAAGCUUCUUGAACGAGAUCGAACACGUCGUCUUGGAUGUAUGGCAGGUGGUGUCAAUGAUAUAAAACAACAUCGAUGGUUUAAACAAGUUUCAUGGGCAGAUAUUAUAGAACAAAAAAUUCGACCUCCAAUUAUACCCAUAGUUGAUCAUCCUGGUGAUACACAAAAUUUUGAAUUAUUUCAUGAUGAACCUCUUGAAGCAUCACAAUGUACAUUCGAAGAAUAUAAUUUAUUUGAUAAAUUUUAA